GCGACGCAGCAAUGCAGCAGCAGCAACAGCAACAGCUGAUGAACUCUACCAUCGCACGCAUCAACUGCAUUGAGGCCAAGGCCUCAGCAGCGCCAGGCUGCACGACGGACGCGACGAAGCAAAUCAACGAACGCAUCGAUCACGUCGUCACCAUCAUCGGCGACAUAGGUGUUUUCAACGGACCGGACACGAUCAGCAGCACGGUGGCCGCCAUCAAGACGGACAUCACCAAGCUACAGACGAGACCGGACGCUGCUACAAAGACGUUCAAGAUGCCGCACUACGACAUCUGCAAGUUCGACGACUACGACAAGUCGGACGCUUUGACAUGGUGGCAACGUUUCCUCACGGAAGCGUCAUGCCGCACUGUCCCGGCGAACGACAUGUUGAAGGCACUCAAUUUGCAACUGAUUGGAGGAGCGCAGGCAUGGAUGAUCCACCUGGCGGCCACCCACAAGUGCACCAUCGCCGAACUCCACACGCACAUCACGUGGAAGGAGUUCGAGCAGCUAUGGUUCACCCGGUUCAUGGUCCGCAACGUCGUGAAGGCGGCUAUGAAUGAGGUGUACACAUGCUCUCAGGGGAACAUGCCAACUCGAGACUGGACAACGAAGUGGCAAAAGAUAGUGACCACACCAGGCUUCGACUUGACGUUUCCAAAUCAACGAUCCGAGUUCUUCUCGCGAUCAUGCGCGGGAUUGCGGUCGGCACUCGGUAAUGAGUACGACUAUACCACAUUCCAAGCCAUUCUGGAUCGAGCGAACUUGGUCAUCCAAACGGACGACAAGGCCGCUAACGAGAGACAAUCCCAGCCGCAUUAUGUGGCUAAGCAGGCCGUGAUUUCUGAGGAAACCGACGACCACCACGCUGCAGCAGCAUCCUCGGGUGAUGGAGGAAUUGUCGCAACGCUCCCGCCGAAGCGUCCCAAGAGAGUUCGUAAGAACAAGGCGACACAAGAGACGACAGCGACGGGAGCUGGCCAACAGCCAUGGACGACAUAUAAGAUCACCAAGGAGGUCGAUGACCUACGUCAGAAGUACGGAUACUGCCUUUGGUGCAACGGAGUCACUCAUGUGACCGCACAAUGCCCCGAAAAGGGCAAGGCACGCGUMCCCCGUCCAGCAAACUCGGGAAACUGAGUUACGCAAGGAGAGGGGCGACGUCUCUCCUCACUCCGCCGGACCCGGUUGCCUUGCUAG